CCUAUCCUCUCUAAACAAUCAAGGCAAUGGUCCUGACUGAGUCGCGGCUUACGAGUGAGACUUUUUCACUGCAAAAGCCAGGGAAAAACACUCCACGUUGAAAUGAACCAGAGGCCAGCAGUCGCUAUGGAUUAAAACGGAAACUUUUACGAUGGCUGUUAAUGUGAAAAAGUAGGCAAAACAUCAGCAGACCUUCAGCAAGCAACUAGAUGCACGAGCCUUGCUAGUAUGAGCGAGCAGAGCGGUCACAAACCUGGCUGCAGUAUUUUCCUCUGUAUUUUAACCGAAUCAGCCUCCUUAAACCUUUAACGACUUGUGUUACUUUAAAUUCUAAAACAGUCAAAGUCCGGUACACUUUUGAUUCUGAAAGAGUUAUGGCGGGGAAGGUGACAGCAGGCUCGGGAAUACUGCUCGUGACAGCCAACGUUGGAUCGCUCUUUGAAGAUCCUGAUAACCUACAGAAGACAUGGCUGCGGGAAUUCUACCAGACGGUUCAAUCACACAGGCCCCACUUCAUCGCAGUGCACUGUCAAGAGGUGGGCGGGAAGAACUACGAAGCGUCCAUGUCACACGUGGAUUGUUUUGUCAAAGAGCUGCUGUCCAGUGAUGCCAUGAAGGAGUACAACAGAGUCCGUGUCUACCUCGACGAGAACUACAAAUCCCAGGAGCAUUUCACAGCACUAGGAAGUUGCUACUUCCUUCACGAAUCAUUGAAAAACAUCCAGCAGUUUGAUUUCAAAGCCAAGAAAUUCAAGAAGGUGGUUGGGAAAGAGAUCUACUCAGACACACUAGAGAGCACACCCAUGUUGGAGAAGGAGAAGUUUCCUCAGGACUACUUCCCUGAGUGCAAGUGGUCCAGAAAAGGCUUUAUCAGGACUCGAUGGGCUCUGGCUGACUGUGCUUUUGACCUGGUCAACAUCCACUUGUUCCACGAUGCCUCCAACAUACUGGCUUGGGAGAAGAGCCCCUCAGUCUACUCCGGGACGAGACAGAAGGCCCUGGGCUUCGUCUUAGAUAGGAUCACUGACCAGAGGUUUGAAAAGGUGCCAUAUUUUGUCUUCGGAGACUUCAACUUCAGGUUGGAUACAAGGCAGGUUGUUGAGAGUCUGUGCUCCACUGCCACCAUGCAGACGGUCAGACUAGGUGACACCAAUGAAGUUGACAAGCUAAUAUUCAGAGAAUCUGAGAACGAUCGCAAGGUUGUACUUCAACUUGAAAAGAAGCUUUUCAAUUAUAUUAACCAGGAUGUUUUCCGGGAAAACAAUGGGACCCUGUUUUUACAGUUUGACAGUGAGCUGUCCUGUUUCAAGGAACGGCUGCACGAGCUGGAGAUAUCCUUUCCUCCCAGUUAUCCGUACAGUGAAGACAGCAGUCAGGGAAAGCAGUACAUGAACACUAGAUGCCCUGCCUGGUGUGACCGCGUCCUUAUGUCUGCCACAGCUAAAGACCUGGUCUUAAAGCCUGAAAAUGAGGAGAAGAACUUGGUCUAUGACAAUAUAGGGCCCAACGUCUGCAUGGGGGACCAUAAGCCUGUCUACCUGUCCUUUCGUUUAACAACCGGGGCAGGUAAAGCUAAUGCAAAUAAGCACAAGUGUUGUAACGUGCAGUGAUGUCUUGGGAAGUGGUGCCAAAGGGUGGAAAAGAUAUCUGCGUGAAGCGCCUCUGUGAGAAGAACACGAGAGUUGGACACAGGAUACACACAAAUGCCACACACACACACACACACACAUACACUGAAGACCCUAUACAGACUUUUCAGCAGUGCUGACCAGUUGCAGUCGUUCUAACACCUCAUUCAUACAAGCUGUUGUUUUUCCACACAACACGUCAGUAUCUGGACUACCCACCCGAGACAUGUUUGCGAUAAGACACAUCUUACUGACCUCACAAUUGCGACGCACCCUAUUCCCCCAGAGAAAGGAAGGACAACUAUUUUCCAUGUCACAGCCUUGUUGCCAAAACUCUAAUAGAAAUUAGUCAUAACUACAUUAUUUUAGAUACCAUAUUUGCAAUUCUUAGGUACGCCUCUAAUAUAGAAGCUACUUCCAUACAGUGUGUAAGAUGUUUUUAAAAAGUGCAAUGCAAAAAAAAUUGUAUAUCUAUAUUGUUAGGCUUAUUUGUACAUUGGACAGUAUAACAUAGAGUUGUUGAUGGUUUUAGUGCUGUUCUCUCUCUUCUGACCAAACUGUGUGGUCCCACUGUUUUAGAAUAGAUAAAUAUUUUCACUUAAUUUCAUUUUUAUUUUAUUUUCUUGUUGUUUUUUUUUAUUUGUCAUUGCUGACUUGUGUGCAUAACACUGCCAUGCCUCACAUCAGCUGAAUCUCAUUUUAUAUACUGUACUUUUUAAAGAGAUAAUUUAUCAUUCUUACCACAAUUGUUAUGCUGAAGUAUAUGGAGACAAUAUGGCUGCUGGGUGUUUCAUCAGCCAUGACCUUUGAAUCUAACAUUACAAUGGAGAGAAGAAGAAAAGAAAAACAACUUUUCAGCCAACAUGAUUUAUAUAGCCUAUCCAAGGAUAUUUUAAGCAGUGCCAUAGACCAUGUAAGUAUAUAAGAUAUUGUUUCAUAUAUAGCAGUCCCACAUUAUUUCAUUAUUAUUAUUCUAACUUAUUUCUAUGUUAUAAUAUUAUGGUUCUGAAUGUGAUGUUUUUAGAUAGGCUUGAGUAUCUAUUUUUGUUACUGCAUUAUGGUGCCAAGUAUUGUACAAAGAAAUGAAUUGUAUAAGAGUUAACAUAAAAUAGUUAAGUACCAACUGAUAGAUAAAGGUAUUGAUUAUACAUUGUAAAAAAAAAUAAUAAUACAACAACAAAAAAAAAACGCUAAAGUCGGUAAAGACCAGGAAGAAUUGCUUUUGUAUGUAGCCUUCAACAGCCUUCACAGCAAUGUUGCAAAUUAAGGUCCUCUCAUCGCUCGUUCGAGCGUUAAAAAGCGAUUAGGGGAGGCUGUUGAUGAAACGUGAAGGUUUCCUUUUAUUGAUUUAAUUUACUACACUACAGAGUUCAGACUGUGUGAAGCCGUUAGAUUGAUCCAGGAUUUUAUUUUUUUUCUUCAUCUAAAUCACCGCAAGUGGAAAUGAUUUUGUGACUGCCGCUGAAUUUGUGUCGUUUUAGCAGUGUGAUUUGAUUCGUAGGCAAAAACUGCUUGUUUUUCCCGCUGGUCACGUGAUGAGAAGCUGCAGUUCACUUCUUUCAGCAGAUAGAGAUUCUAUACCCCAUUGACGUCAUGGCCUCUAGUGUUGGUUAUGCGGUUCUCAAGCAAUAAAACCAUUAGAACUCAA